ACUACUAGCGUGACGUAUAAUCUAGUUGACGGGGACGGGACACUUCAACAACAGUUAGCCACCUCGCCGAAAUAUUCAAGGUCUUUAUAAUAUUUCGGUGUAUAUUAGCCAUCGUGUUAUAAACACACGUCUACCAGUUACCCAAUUUAAUUUCAUAUUUACGUUGUUCGCUAACUGGUUGGUUAAAUUUGCCUAUCACUAGUCUAAUCGCUAAUGCUAACUAGCUAGCUAACUUCCUCGACCAUGAGCGCACUAAGAUACUGCCCCCAUACUAAAGAAGAGGUCGGAUGGACGGAGAAAGAAACUCUCGUGAAGGAAGAGGAUGAUGUCGCAGUUAAAAUAGAAGUAGAGGGUGAGGCUGUUACAGUGAAAGAAGAAGAGAUGGACGUUAGAGUGAAUGAAGAGAAAGGAGAGUUCAGAGUGAAAGAGGAGGGGGAUGUUACCAAAGAUAUGUAUAUCUGUGAUGUAAAAAAAGAGGAGGCGGAUACAGUGGAGGGAGAGAUAACUGUCACAUUGAAAGAAGAAGAAGAGGAGACAGGAGAUCUGAUUAACACCAGAGAGAGACGUGACUAUUGUGGAUCCUCUGGGGAGCCUCAACAACGUCAUGAAGCUGACGAGGCAGAGAAGAGUCUGUCCACAUCAGAACGGCUCAAACACCAGCAGAGACCCAGAGGGAAGAAACCUCACCACUGCUCUAACUGUGGGAAGAGUUACUCAAGAUUAGAUUCACUAAAAGUACACCAGAGAAUUCACACUGGAGAGAAAACGAAUAGCUGUUAUCAAUGUGGGAAGAGUUUUACUACAUCUAGCCAGCUGACUAUACACCAGAGAAAACACACAGGAGAGAAACCUUACCACUGCUCUGACUGUGGAAAGAGUUUUGCUGUCUCAGGAUAUUUACAAUCACAUCAGAGAACACACACAGGAGAGAAGCCUUAUAGCUGUCAUCAAUGUGGGAAGAGUUUUGCUCACUCAAACACACUGAUAUCACACUUGAGAAUACACACUGGAGAGAAAUCUCAUAGCUGCUCUCAUUGUGGGAAGAGGUGCACAUCUUUAGCAGCCCUUAAAAUACAUCAGAGAAUCCAUACAGGAGAGAAACCUUAUAGCUGCGCUGACUGUGGGAAGUGUUUUGGUUUGUCAGGACAUUUAAAAUUACACCAGAGAACACACACAGGAGAUAAACCUUAUAGGUGUGAUCAAUGUGGGAAGAAUUUUAGUUACUCAGGUGGCCUGAUAGUACAUCAGAGAAUCCAUACAGGAGAGAAACCUUAUAGCUGUGAUCAAUGUGGGAAGAGAUUUGUUACAUCUAAUAGUCGUAAUAUACACCAAAGAACACACACAGGAGAGAAACCUUACCAUUGCUCUGACUGCGGAAAGAGCUUUGUUUCGACAGGACAUUUAAAAGUACACCAGACAACACACACAGGAGAGAAGCCUUAUAGCUGUAAUCAUUGUGGCAUGAGUUUUGUUACAUCGGGCAGCCUGAAAAGACACCAGAGAACACACACAGGAGAGAAGCCUUAUAGCUGUGAUCAAUGUGGGAAGAGUUUUGUUACAUCUAGCUGUUGUGCUAUACACCAGAGAACACACACAGGAGAUAAACCUUAUCAUUGCUCUGACUGUGGAAUGCAUUUUGUUUCAUCAGGAUGUUUAAAAUCACACCAGAGAACACACACAGGAGAGAAGUGUCAUAGCUGUGAUCAAUGUGACAAGAGAUACUCUGAUAAAAGAUCUCUGAUUAAACAUCAGAAAAUUCAUACAUGAAGUUGUUUUUUUAAAUGAAAUAAUAUCACAAUGUAGAAUGUUUAACAUUGUAGUAGGAGUAUCUUAAUGAUGUCACAAUGUAGAACCCUAAACGUUUGUCCCCUGUUCUAUUGAUUUCAGCAUGAUGUGGAUAUUAGCCUCAUCAGGGGGAAACUCCAGGCUCUGAAAUUAAAGAGUCCUAUUUAAUGUCAUUAACAAAGAGUGAUUGUCAAAUAAAGCGUGACACUUACAUUGGCAACCCACUUAAAUCAAAAUGCAUCACUUCAAACUGUAGCGAGCUGUUUUCUACAGAUUGUCCAGUGAUGUACACUUCAUUCCCAGAUUCCAUGUGUUUUUUAAACUGUUCUAAACGUACGUGCAACCUCAUCUCCCCCCUCUCGCGACCAUUGAUUUCAUAUCGAUAUGAAUGAUGAUAAAUAAGUGUUGCGUUUCUCUUAGUUUUGGGGACCCCUACAUUUAAAUGCAUCACUCCAAAGUGUAGCUGACUGUCUUCUACAGCUUGUUGUCUAACCAGUGAGGUAAAAGAUAUCUCCCAUGUGUUUUUUUAGUUGUGUUAGUUUCAACCGCAUGUGCAACCUGAUUUCCCCCCUAAUUAUUAUCAGUGAUUUAUUGGCAGUUGUUUAAACAGUGUUUUUGGUGCAGUUUAGAAGGUGCUCGUUGACAUUUUUUGAAAGUAAUAUGAUUACUAUUGUGUUUGUGUCGAUAGUACAUUUUCAUGUUGAUGUUGUCAAUAUAUCACAAACUGUUUCUGCAUACUGGUUAUUGAUUAGGACACGUAAAACUGUUUUGACAUUGGGCUCUCCCACCUAGCAAAAUGACAUUGAAAAGACAUGAAGACUAUGCCCGAGGUCCAAACUACGUUCGGUUUUGGUUGAAAAUAUGUAUUUUUCAGGUCCUUGUUUCAACGACAUGAAAACAACAUAAUUCAACGUACUUGCAGCCUAUGCACAUGGAUGCAGUAUAUAAAAAAUUAUUCUACGAACAAUUUUUAUGAACAAUCCUACAUCACUUGAUAGAGUGUAUGUUUAAGAUAAUGACUAAAGUAUUCCACCCUGAAACCAUAUAAUUGUAUGAAAUGUGUUAGAGUCAUAAUCCAAUAAUGUGUGUGACUAGACUUUUUAAGACUAGGCCAUUGUGUUACUAUUUCACAAUAUGAGCAGCGUAUAGUUGAGACAUUCAAGGACAACUGAACUGUCGAUUUGUGAUAACGGUGAAACUAAUAACUGGAAAGAGGCCUCCCCACCCUAGGGAGGAGAAAAACUGUUAGAAAUGGCUAGGCUUGCAGAAGAUGAUGAAACAUGUUGCAGAAGUGUGAUAAACAAUGUAUGUGAACUUUGGAAAAAUACAGCCCACCUAAAGAGAGGUGGAGUUUCUACUGAUGUGAGUUCAUUUGUGUGUGGGUGCUAUACAAAGAUUGUGUUCUCAUUUUGAAGUCAGAGCGCUCUCUGAAUAAAGGACUGGGCUAUUGCAGAA